AUGACUAGCAUGCCAAGGGUGAGUCUGAGGGCAAGGAAACUGGGCAGUGAUGACUGGAGGUCCAGUAGUUUAGACCAGGAUGGCAUAAGCUGGAUUUGGGCACAAGGGUCAAGACCAAGGACUGUUCUGGGAACCCAAGGCUGGAGAAUGACAACAAGGAGGGCCAGAAACUGGUCUAGGAUGCUGCCAGGUGGUUCAGCAGGCCAGGACAAGGCAAAGCCAAGUCUGGGAGUGAUUAGACUGGCUGGACAGGGGCUUCCAGAGACAGUGAAAGCUGAAGCCAGUGUUUCAGAGGGCAAGAGUCACACCUUGGGGCUGGGUCAAGGCAACAAGAAGGCCAGGAGUGACCAAGCAAGGCUCAUGGGUGUGCUUCAGAGCUGGGUCUGGGAAAACUGGAGGCCAAAAAGGGAAGGCCAGAAAACCAGUCUAGGAGAUGGAAGUGAGCUGCAGGGGUACAGAGUGUCACAAGGAGUGCUGAGAAGGCCAGGAUGGGUCCAAGGUCUGCUCCAGGGGGUCACAGGGUCUGAAAGUGUGUAUCUACAGAAAGAGAAAACAGAUAACAGAAAACUGAGAAAACAUAUAACAAGGAAACAGGAAACCAGGGCUAGAGGCAGGGGUCAAAGCCGAAGGCUGAGACCAAGGGUGGCUCAGGCCAGGGGUGGCAAAAGCUGGAGACUGAGACUGGGAGUGGCUGAAGCCAGUCAUGUUAAAGUAAUUGAUCCAGAGAAAACAGCAGGAGCAAAGACUGGUCAAGGGAACAGAAGGCCAGGAAGGCCAGGAACUGGUCUGAGGUUCGGAGAGGACCGGAAGGGCCAGCUGGAGACUGGUCUAAUGGUCAAAGAGGGCUUAGAAAAGCCAGGUGGUGACCAGUCAGGGACCAGUGAGGGCUGGAAGGGCUAG